AAGGGAUUUCAUUAAUAAAAUAUAGUCAAACAUCACUUACAUAUAAUCCCUAAGAAAUCAAGAAUUUCAACACAAGUACACACCUUAAAACUAAAUACAUCAUAGAUUUGAUUAACAAUCGCCUUAAUAAAAAACUUCAUCUAAAACAAUACAAUAUUAUGAAACCUUGGAUCUUCAAUUCUUGCAUAGAAAUAUCAAAAGAAAAUAAAAUUAAGAGAAAAAUCAUCAUCUCAACGAUGAGAUCUAUUUAUUGAAAGCAAUUAAAAUAUUUUUGGGGCUUACCACCGGUAAGAACACCAGUGGAAGCCCCUACAAAGAUUUACAACUGAGACAAAGAGGAAUAGAGAUGGUAGAGAUGGAGAGAAAAGGGAGAAGAGGGAAGGAAAACCUUCAAAAUUUUUUGGAAAAACCUAGCAAUGAAGGCUAGGAAAACCCACCCAAAAGAAAAACCCUAAAAAUGAAUAUGGUUUAGAGAUCCGGCUCGCUUCAUAUUAAAUUCCUAGAUCCGUCCUCGUAUUUCCUUUUCCUUACUUACCAUUAAAAAAAAAUUAAAAAAUAAAAAGCUCUACCUACACAAACAAAACACGGAAAACUACACAGCACACAAGUCCCAUGAGAAGAAACAAAAGAGCGCGGUUUAAUUUAAUUGUUUCCCCAAUUCGAAUUUGAUUCCCGGUAAAUUCAGGUUAAGCUCCGGGUCACACAAUACCAAACCAAAUAACCCAGAAACCCAGUUGUUAUCUUCUCAUUUGAGCCACACAAAACAUACCGUCACAGACUGACUGUCUACUCAGUCAUUCAGUAGAAUCCACAUUUUUACCCACAUUUCUUCCCGCCAUUGUCUCCUCCGCCUCUCCACCACUACAACACCCUCAAUAAUGGGCAUCAAAGAUCUACUCAGAUUUCUUAAACCAUACACCGAACCCAUCCACGUUCGAAAAUACGCCGGCAAACGAGUUGGUAUUGAUGCUUAUGCUUGGCUUCACAGAGGAGCAUACUCAUGUAGCAUGGAGCUGAGUUUAAAUUCAGAGGGAGAAAAGAAACUGCAAUACAUUAAUUAUUUCAUGCACAGAAUUAAGUUACUAAAGCACCAUAAGAUUACCCCAGUUGUGGUUUUUGAUGGUGGGAACAUUCCUUGUAAAGCCGGGACUGAGAACGAGCGAUACAGGAGAAGAAAAGUUAACAAGGAAAUGGCAAUGGAAAAACUUAAAGAGGGGAAUGUUGGUGGUGCCAUUGAGCUCUUUCAGAGAGCAAUCAGCAUCACUCCAUCUAUGGCACACCUAUUGAUACAGACUUUGAAAACAGAAAAUGUUGAGUUUAUUGUUGCUCCAUAUGAAGCUGAUGCACAAUUGGCAUACUUGUCUAGCCUUGGAGAAGAACAUGGUGGUAUCGUGGCUAUAAUUAGUGAAGACAGUGAUCUGUUGGCAUAUGGCUGCCCAUCUAUCAUUUUUAAAAUGGAUCGAUUUGGCAAUGGUGAGGAGAUCAUUAUAGAUAAGGUUUUUAACUCGACAGAAAUUAAACCAUCAUUCCGAAACUUCAACACCAAUUUAUUCAUAGAUAUGUGCGUCUUGGCAGGCUGUGAUUUUCUUCCAUCUAUUCCUGGUAUUGGAAUUGUUAAAGCUCAUGCGCUGGUCUCAAAGUACCGCAACAUAGAUCGUGUGCUAUCAGUUUUAAAGACUGACAAGGGUAAGCAAGUGCCUGAUGAUUAUGCAAGAUCUUUCAAGGAAGCAGUGGCGGUGUUCCAACAUGCUACGAUAUAUAAUAGAGAAAAGAAGAACGUUGAGCACAUGAAAGAACUCCCAGAAACACUUUUGGAGUCACUCGGAGGAGAAAUUGAUUUCUUGGGACCAAUCAUUCCCCCAUCAAUUGCAACUGCUAUUGCUGAAGGUAAUUUAGACCCCUCUACAAUGGAAGCUUACGAGUGUUCACUGAGUCAGAAAAAUUCUGGAUUGGCUGAAAUUGAACAGUAUGAGGUGUCUGAUCCAGCAGAUGCUGUAGAGACUCGUUCUGCUUCAUCUCAACAAACCAAUAAAGGAAAUAAGCAUCGAGCAGCGAAACCUUAUCCAGCAUUCGAAGUUCAUAGGGACAAAGAGAAACAAGAACAGAGCUGUUUUACUGUAUAUUCAUACCUAAGUAUAAAAGAGAGAAGCAUUUCGAGCACAAGUACUAUGACGGUACCUAGACAAGUCUUGAAGGAAAGAAAUUUCUCAGAUGAAGCUGCAGCUCUUUCGAAAUUAGUCCUUGCAUCAGAGGCUCACAAUGAUGAAGAAAUCUCUAGUGUUUCUGAGGAGUUUCUGGUAAAGACACCAGACAAUAAUCCUUUCCGAAAAAGGAAACUUCAUUCAGAGAACACAGAAACUACCCCUACAACAAAAUCAUCAGUGACUGAGGAUGAUCAGUCCGAGUUGAGAAGGCAAACUCUUGAUUCCCAGGAAAGUGUAAACUCUACAACUCAGACGUUAGAUGACAACAAAGAACAGUUUAAAGUUCUGAAAAAAGGUAAGAUAAGCAACUGCAAAGCUUCAGGAAAUAAAAAAAGUAGUAUACUGAAUUUCUUUGCUCGCAUUUAAUUAAGAGCCAAUCACUGUUUUCUGUACUUGGUUGAAUGUCUAAUAUAAAGCUAUUAACACCAAAUUUUGAUAUUGUGCAAUGUAAAGCAUGUACCAAGGUACCUUUUGAGUAUGCUUAAUUUUCCAGCAUUGUACGUCUUAGUUGUAUUAAGUUUAGUUCGUAGCACAUACAAGCAAGAUUUUACUUGUAUGGAUGACUUUGUAUAAGAUUAGAGAGAGAAUCAUCAUGUAUUUGUAAAUAGUAUUUUUCUCAA